UAAUUAGUUACAGUCAGUAUUGCUAAUUCUAGCCAGACAAAUCUGUCAAAUCUUUUGGAUCCCAAACUCAGAUUUGACUGCCAUGACUUAACCAAACUGAAGUUGGUGGGGGUUGGUUGGUUUCUUUCAAGAUUUUCAGGCCAUUAAAAUGCGCUUGAGUACAGCUUCUCUCUGCAGUCAUGCAAACUAGAAUCUCACUGGUUUACAAUGAAGGAUUGGGACUCUUCACCUGAGGUGUUCUUAGCACUGAGCACUAUUUGGUUUAUCUAACAGGAAAAAGGUAAAUAAUGCUCUGUGUUUUCACAAGAGGCAUUGUAAUUUGCUUCUUCUGUUUGUCAGUUCAGCCUUUCUGCUAACAAGUGAAAAAUCCUAUGAUUUUUGAAGUUUUAGAGUUGAACUUGCCUGUGCUACUGUUCACAUCAGCUGUGUUGGUCUGCAUCUCUCUCAAUCUUUCAGCUAGCUUUCAGCUAGUUUUGAAGAAUCAACAUCUCUGGAUUAUUUAGCUGUGAAAUGUUCAAUAACGUAUACUUCCAGUCGUCUCCACCCCUCCUUGGUUCAAGUGCAAGUUUCAGACAAAAAUCACUACCAAAUGAUAGUAUUUAAUGAGUGAGUUUUUCACCAUUACAAUACAUCUCAAAAUAAUUAUUGUGAGCAGGCAGGUCUUUUUCAGUCAAUAGUGGUUUGGAAGGAUACUGGUAGAACUUGAAUGAUGUUGUUAGCCCAGCAGGUAAUGAAAGGGUAAAGCAGUGUAUUGCACAGGAAUUAGCCUACUACAGGAUUUCCCAUGAUAAAGGCAUGCAGUGUGAGAGCUUCAACUUUCCAAUUUAUAAUGUAGGAGUGGAGAAACUUGCUUCUCUUUGUUAAUCAAAUUGAGCUAGAAAAUGAAUGUAAGACCUGGAAUACAGUCUCUCAGUAAGACAGCUGUAAGAAAACAUCUUGUUCUGUGCAGACACCUUACUGAGUGAUCCCAAACUCCUUCCAGACACCGCUAACAGGUCUGAAGCACACUUGUAACAGCAGCAGCAAGGCUGGAAUAUGUCAGCAUUUGUCCUCUGAGGACCUACAUUUAUUUGGUCCUCUGAUCAAGCAUCUUUGGAGGGCAUCUCCAUCACCCUGGCUUUCUUGAAGCCCUGUGUUGCACUUCUGUUAAAAAAUAGAGAGCUGCCUUUGAAAUAGAAUUGUACAAAGUAACUUUAAAUGCUUAGUAUUUCAAAAGCUUGGUUUCAGGAUAUUUGUGAAAGGCAUAUACUUUGAAAUGCAUUAAGGAAAAACAGAUUAUGAUGUGCAUUGGUUUAACUAGACAUGGCUUGUGUCUUACAGAUUCUCACUUCCACCUGUAUGCAAAGUUUUGGCUUCAAGGAAGCUGUCACAGGGCAAGUCUCCCUGCCGGGUGAGUGGGACAGCUUGCUGGCGUGCUGAUCUGCUGCUAUCCGGCAGCACACUCUGCUUGCUGUGGUACCUGCCAGCUGCUCUUCUUCCUCAUAGCAUGCACAGCAGCAAGAUGAGUGGAGUCAAAAUGCCACCUCAGUCCUAUCAAAGUUUCAAGGUGCCUUAUUUUACAAAAAGUGCUAUUAAAAUCAAGCCAAUACUCCUGUAAGUUGAUCUGCGUCAUCCCCUCAGUCAAGCUGUAUCCUUCUGUCUUUAUUAGUCUGAAGACUGAUAUAAGAUGUGACAUCCUUUUAAAAGGCAGGGCAGUGGCAACACUUUUUAGGGACAAAGCGCUAGUGAUGUGUGUGCAUACCAACGUGUAAUGCUGAUUGCCUCACACGAGUGAUGUUUAACGAUAUACCAUGUACUGCAGCGUGCCCUGUGCCCGAUGGCGGCGUGAGGUAACCCUGGGUCCCCACACGGCGACCCCGGGACUCCUUUGCACCGGGAGCUCAUCCGUUAUUUUUUUUUUUACUAAAAAGAACCGGAUGUAAAUGGUCAAAGGUCUUUUUCAGGUCAAAGGGGAAGGGGCAAAACACCCCGGCGCUGUGACAGAAGGAAUAAAGAGGCGGCACAGCCCGGUACAGAACAUCGCCCCAGGGAAGAAAUUUGUAUAUGUUGAGCCAUCUAGGAGAGUUAAAGAAAUCCUUCAAGAAGAGCUUUAUUUUCAGAAAGAAGAAUACCACAUUAAACAUCCAGCUGCAGUGGCUCUGGAAGGAAUUUGGAGUCUGAAAAAGAAUUUCUCCAUCGGAGGCCUGAAACCAGCAUCGCAGAACAGAAAUGGUUUACUCUUACAGCCUCAGUUCUACUCAAGGCAUGCAGGAAUGAAAACAACAGUGGAGCGUACUGCCGUUUCCACGGAGUGGUUCAACCACGGAUCUCCCAUUUGCGUAUACUGUACCGAGAAGUCUGUGUGGUCCUUGGGCCACAGAGCGACAGCCUGGGCUGGCUGACCUUCAAAAGCAGACAAGAUCAGGUCUGUUUCCGCUGGGAUAUCUGCAGGCGUCUGGUAAUGCUACUCGGCCUUCAUCACGUCGUACUUCCCAUCAGCAUCAGUGGGUGUGUUUCCCAAGUCAGAGUGAACAAAGCUGCUUGAAAAAACCCUCUCUUUAUGAAAAAGAAAUUUUGUAAAGAAAAGUGCUGCUCUAGUCCCCACGUUCCUAGCUCUGGUUGAGGUGCAAUUUGCGAAAGAAAGGGUGCAAGGGACAUAGUCAUGUUUCCUCUUGUUU